AUGAUGCGAAGACCACCGACGCGGGCCGGCCUGGGGGGAAAGAAGGCCUCCGGCACGGGCUUCAAGAUCACGUACAGCGUUAACCAGCUCCUGUCCAUGGGGAAGGAGCUGAUGGAGUCGGAGGCGGGGUGUCCUCCGCCGGAGGGGUGGGACAAGUACGAGUACGAUACCAUUGGUCCCCUCAUCGACGAGAACAACACUCGAAUCCCGUCGAAGGAAGAGGCCGCCGCCCUGAAGAUGAAGCCCGGCUCCGCCAGAGACCUGCACUCUGAGCACAUCGCCGCCCUCGUCGCCAAGCAGGGGGCUGACCCGGACCAGUCCCCUUCCCUUGGGCCGAGGGGGGGCGGCGACCGGCCUGAUCGGGACCGUGGGGGCGGCGGCGGGCGCGCGGACGGGAGGCGUGACGGUCAGCCUGGGUGGGGGGACCGCGAUAGGGAUUGGGACAGAUUUGGAGACAGAAACAAGGACCGGGACCGAGGAGGACCGUUGGGAAGAUACGAUCAAGACAGGGAACGCCGGGAUGGAAGGCGCGACAGGCCUAGAGAUGGACCGGGCGGCGCAGGCGGGGGUCGUGCCCCGUCCCGCUGGGAUGCCCUCAAGCCGGACCGAGAGAGGGACAGGGGCUACAACAACCGCAACAACCGAGAUGACGAUGACGGGGGCGGGAGGGGGGGGGUAGGGCAGGAUGUGCGGGCUGGCGGCGGAAGAGACCGAGACAGGCGAAACGGCAGAGACAGGGACAGGGACGUUGGGGACAGGGAUAGGGGCGGCGGCGGCGGCGGCGACGGCCUCCAUGACGGGGGGCUUGGGGCCCACGACCGGGCCGUAGCACACGAGAAGGCGAUCGCUGCUGGGGGUGCCGGUGCUGCCGCCGCCGCCGCCGCCGCCGCUGGUGCCAACAGAGACAGGGCGGGGGCGGGGAGGGGGCGGUACGGGGGGACCAGCGAGGCGGAUAUCUGGGACAUGCCGACCACGCUGCCCGGUGACGGGGGCGCAACGAAAGAGCCGCCGAAGAACACAAGGGCUGCUGGCCUCCGCAGCGCGGACCGUGAGCGUCGGGAGGAGAACCGCAAGAAGGACGAAGCGGCGGCGUUCGAACGGGAGAGGCUGGAGUUCGAGAGGGAGAGGGCCAAGGUUCUGCAAGGACGCGAUGGGGGCAAAGCCAACGGGGGCCCCGCCGAAUUCCCCGACAUGGGGGGUGGCUUCCUGGGCGGGGGCAUCGGAGACGACAACGACGACAACGGUCUUCUGGGCGGCAUCGAAGACGACCAGCCUCCCUCCCCCCCCCCUCCCAAGGGCGGUAGCGGUAGCGGCAGCCAGGACCAACCACAACUAGUCAAGAACCAGUCCGUGCUUGAUAGGGUCUUCGGUGCCGGAGCCGGAGCUGCCGCUGCCGCCGCCGGCGGCGGUGGAGGUGAUAGUGGGGGUCAGAAAGGAGGCACUGGCACCGCGGAGACCGGGGGAGGGGGGGGUGGCGGGGGCGCCCCGGCUGGAGGGGGGGGAGGGGGGUUUCCUGGGGGGGGUCUAUUCUCCUUCAUGGCCCCCGGGAACAGCAUCUCCACGAUCGACAAGUUCACGGAGGCAACGCGGGGGAAAGGAAACGCUAAGAUAUUCUCACCCGGCACCAAACCCGCCGCAACUCCUUGGGGAAAAGUCGACAAGAAGCCUACUGCCAACGUGGUAAACGGUGGCGGUGGCGGUGGUGGGGGGAGAGAGGGAGGAGGGGACGCGCCCCCGGCGGCGGCUUUGACGGCUGCCGAGAAGGGCGCUCUGCUGAAGCGCAUGAUCAUGGUUAUCGAGCAGCUGCCCAAGAAACGGCCCCGCGUGGUUGGUCCUGUGGUUGUAUGCAUGCGAGUCGACCAAGAGAUGACGAUAUGUACGAGCGACAGAUGA